CUUUGUCUUUUCAUUCUUCAUUCGUGUUCUGAAGCAAAACACUGCAGUCGCGUAUUUUCAAUUUCUGCUGGUGUUCUUUGUUGUGAAAGUGAAAAAUCGAAAUUGUUUGGAAAUAAUUUACAAUUCUGCGUAAGGAGAAUAGAUUUAUCGUCUGGUAUAGAGUGCAGAACGCAACAAAAUGGGUGCAGUUUUAGGAUUGGUGUCGGCAGCAAAUCUUGCCUGCUGCUGCACCGGAACGGCAUGUUCGCUCUGCUGUUCGCUAUGUCCGUCCUCGCUGAAAUCCAACUCGACGGCCACUCGUUUCAUGUACGCCCUAAUGUUGCUGCUGGGCGCCAUCGUUGGAGCCAUCAUGCUUGCUCCGGGCCUCCAGGACUUCCUCCAAAAAGUUCCAUUUUGUACUAACUCGACGUCAACGGCUGGGCACCUGCUUCCGGCCGGGGGUACCAUCGAUUGCACCUCGGCCGUUGGCUAUCUGGCAGUUUAUCGGAUUUGCUUUGCCUUGUGCUGCUUCUUUGCACUGUGGGCGGUCAUGAUGGUUGGAGUACGUUCGUCCAAGGAUCCUCGGUCUGCUCUGCAGAACGGGUUCUGGGGCAUCAAAUUUAUGAUCGUGACUGGAAUUGCCAUCGGAGCGUUCUUCAUUCCGGAGACUGGAUUCGGUCCGGCUUGGAUGUGGGUCGGACUGAUUGGUGGUUUUGCGUUUAUUUUGGUCCAAUUGGUGUACAUCGUAGACUUUGCUCACUCGUGGGCUGAAGCCUGGGUCAGCAACUACGAGGAGGAAGAAUCCCGCGGAUGGUUUGCGGCAUUGUGCUGUGUCACCGGGUUGCAGUAUGCUUUGUCGUUGACCGGAAUCGCAUUGCUCUAUGUUUACUUCACUGAGGCCGACAACUGCUCAUUGAACAAGUUCUUCAUCACGUUCAACAUGAUUCUCUGCCUGGCGGUUAGCAUCAUGUCUAUCUGGCCGAGCAUUCAGGAGCAUGCCCCGAAAUCCGGCCUGCUGCAGAGUUCGAUGGUGACCUUGUAUACGGUCUAUCUGACCUGGUCGGCCGUUGCUAACAAUCCAGAUGCCGAGUGCAAUCCGGGCUUCUUGGGCAUCAUUGGUGACAAGCAGAACAAGGUACAUUUCGACAAGACAAGCAUCAUCGGACUGGUGAUCUGGAUGUUGUGUAUCCUGUACUCGACGCUGCGUUCGGCCAACAAUGUGUCCCGCCUGGCUGAUCCGGAGAAGCAAGUCUUGGCAGCAACGCUUAGCGACGAUGGUGGCUCCCACAGCGGAGGUGGUGGCUCCAACGAAGUCCGCGAUAACGAAGAGGAAGCCGUGGCCUAUUCGUGGUCGCUGUUCCACGUGGUAUUCAUUACGGCCACACUGUACGUGAUGAUGACGCUCACCAACUGGUACCAACCAAACUCAUCGCUGGAAACGCUGAACGCAAAUGCCGCCUCUAUGUGGGUGAAGAUCAUUUCCAGCUGGUUCUGCCUUGGACUGUACGCCUGGACCUUGGUGGCACCGAUGGUUUUGUCCGAUCGCGAGUUCAACUAAACGUCAGUGACACGAUUGAUCGUGAUUUUUUUAACCGAAAUAGAAAAUAUCUCAUAAUGAAUGAAGCUUUCCAAAGUCGUAAAAUGUUGGAUAAGUAGUAAGUAGGUGUAGAUUGAUAAUUUUACCUUUUUCUUGAUACCAGAGGAGAUGGAUGUGAUAUGGGAAGGACUAAUUCUUGAUGCAAGUUUGAAGUAAAUGAAAUGAAAUAGAUAUCUUGCGAUUGGUAGCUUAACUUUACCAGUUAUUAUUACAACUAACUAUACAUCUAUUACUCUCAACAUAUAUCUGUCUUAACCAAAAAGAAGAUAACGAAGUUUUCUCCGAACUAAAUUUAGAGAAAUAAAAGUCCAGUUUGGCGAUUGAUUGCCAAUCCAGAGCAAAA